CUUGGGCUUAAGACGGUCAAUGUGGGGCUUUACAACAGUGGAGGAGGAAUCGUUACACUGUCUGGAGGUGUGAAUUUUACUUUGGACUCUGAUGACAGGUUUACCCUCACCUGUAUCUCUACUGGUGGACCUGCUACCACUGUCACUUGGACCAGAGACUCCACCACUGUCACCCAAGGAACCCAGACUGUGUUGAAUGACCCAGAGACUGCACAGUACACCCACACUCUGACUGUGGCUGGGAGACUGGGAGGACUGUACACUUGUACUGUGUCUAAUGGCAAGCCAUCUUCUGCUUCAGCUAGCAUCACAUUGCAGGAUCCCCAACCACCCACUGAUGUGACAGCAGUCCAGGAUGGUCCCACUAGUAUCACAGUGACCUGGACCCCACCUGAUCCUCUGGAUGGUAUCACUGGCUACACCAUCUCCUACACUGGAGGAGGCAGCAGUGGUAGUGUAGAUGUCAGUGGUGGCUCUACCAACAGCUACACUCUGACUGGUCUCACCAAUGGACAGACCUACACCAUAUCCAUUGUAGCCACAUCAUCUGGCUUGUCUAGUCCACCAGUGCAGGCAUCUGUUGGUUUAGUUCCAUCAGCUCCAGUCCUCGACUCAACUACAACAGUCACUGCCACUACUGUCAUCAUAUCUGGUAGUGUUCCCAGUGGCUCAGUGGUGACUGGCUAUGUGGUCCAGUGGCAGAGAGACACUUCAAUUGUCUGUCCUGAUCUGAGGGAUGAUGGUAGUGUCACUGUGGCUAGCAGUAGUUUCACUGGACAUACAAUAACUGGACUAGAGCCAGGCAAUAGGUACACCAUCACCGUGACAGUCUCUAAUGGAGCUGGUAGUGGUCCUGUCAGUAAUGCUGUUGCUGCAAUGAUUACUGCGACUGCUCCCAGUGGUCCUCCUGGCCCAAUCACUCUAGUUACAGUCACACCAAACAGUGCCAUUGUCCAGUGGGGAGAGGUGCUUUGUCUCCAGAGAAAUGGAGAGAUCACAGACUACACAGUUACUGCAACCAACUCAGAUGGAAUGGAAGAAGGAACUGCUAGUGUUGAUGUAGACGCUAGACGAGCCACGAUCUCUGGACUGACUCCAUCCACACAGUAUACUGUGUCAGUGGCUGCAGUCAAUAGUGCUGGUACUGGACCUUCCACUACCCUCCCUGUAGAAACUCCAGGUCCCCCAUCUCCCACUGAUGUGACAGCAGUCCAGGAUGGUCCCACUAGUAUCACAGUGACCUGGACUCCUCCCUCUCCACUGGGAGAUACCACUGGCUACAGGAUCUCCUUCACUGGAGGCAGUGAUGUGGAUAUUGAUGGUGGCUCUACCAACAGCUACACUCUGACUGGUCUCACCAAUGGACAGACAUACACCAUAUCCAUUGUAGCCACAUCUGAACACCUCUUCAGUGAUGCCACCACAUUUGAAAUCACACUAAUCCCAGCUCCAGGGCAGGUGUUUGUGUCAGUGAGCUCCAUAACAGCCACCUCCAUCUCCCUCUCCUGGAGUGUGUCCAGUGGGAGGGUGGCCAGUUGGGAGGUGGUCUGGAGACCCACUGACAGAGGCACUGAGAGCACCAGUGGUCCUCUGUCUGGCACUACCUACACCAUCCUCCAGUUGGACCCCUCCACUAUCUACACACUCACUGUAUCAGCCACUAAUGUAGCUGGUACCACUGACAGCACUCCCAUACUUUUCUCCACUGGUGUGACUGAUGCUAAACAGGCAGAGAGUACUAGCUGUGAUUGUAACAAUACAGGAGCUAUCAUUGGUGGAGUAGUGGCUGUGGCACUUAUAGCUGCAGUGACGGUCAUAGUAAUUGUGAUCCUGAGGAGUAGACGUUCAACGCCAAAGACUAGAGGGUCAGUUGGUGCUUUGGCAACAACAAAUCAAUCAGUGGAGCUCUACAAGUUCUCAGAGCCAACAUAUGCAGAUCCAGACCAGCUCCAGACCACCAGCAAUGAGGCCUACAAUGUAGUGAGAGGGACAGCUGAAGAUGAUUAUGAAGUACCACAAAACCUUCCUCCUCCCACCGUCUCCUCCCAGCCCACCCCUACUGCUGCUGGAGACUCUCUCUAUGAACCUGUCUGAUGUGUGUGCGCGGACGAGAAUUAUUUUGCGCAUG